UAUGAUUACGAUUUAAAACAUGUCAUUUCAUAUCAAUAAAAAUUAGACAUUACAAAACAACGAAAUAUAAAACUUUAAUUCAAACUCUCAACAUUGACGUCGUAUUCUUAAAAUAAAAUACUUUAUCGUAAUUUUUCCCUAACAAUGAUUCCCCUCGAUCACUCUCGAUGGUUUCUGCCUCCCAAAGUUCUUUGCGUUUGAGCAACAUGGCGGCGCCCGGGAGGCAAGUAUGUCAGUACAUCUUCAAAAACAACGGAAUUUUGUUCCCCAAUCUCGAGCAGGUGUUGUUUCAUAGGAAUUUUGUUGGGAUCUCAGUUUUUCGCCAACAACCUGUAGAAGCCAAAAAAGACUCUUCAGAGCCAAUCAUCGUCCCCAGAAAGAAAGUAUGGAGCAAAGAGUCAGUACUGGAGGCUUUGGCGAGGACUGUACGCAGGGAUCCUACAGCAUAUCCCUACCAAUUCCAAGAUGAUCCUUACCUCUCCCCGAGGAACUCUGCUGAGUUUAAGCUGUAUUCUCUCUCUCAAGAGUCUGGAAGAUCUGCAGCUAAAUACUUUGUCAACAGCUACCCAAAGUUCUUCACCAAACAUUUUGCUGAACCACAUAUACCUUGUCUGAUGCCAGGUACAGUAUCACUCCGCCUUGACGAAGUGAGCGAAGAGGCACUGAAGGAAAGAAUCAGCUUGAGAAAAGUCAAAGCUGCCAUCGACGUAUACGAUCAACUACUGCAAGCUGGAGCAUCUGUGUCAAUGGAAACAAUCCACGACCUGUUAGACUUGAUAUGUCUCUUUUGCGACAGAGACCCUGUCCAGGAGCAUGAGAUACAGACAGAGGACAUGGAGUCAGGGGCUGAGGUGAGGAAGAGGAAAGGGAAGGUGCGUCGAGCCUCGGACUUACUCACAUUUACCUGGAGAGAAGAUAAUAAUGCAGAAAGAAUAUUUAACCUGCUGCCAGAGAGAGAUACACGAUGUUACUCUGCUCUCAUCAGAGGCAUGGUGAAGCAUGGAGCCUAUGUAAAAGCCUUCAGUAUAUACACAGAUCUCCUGAACAAUAGACUGACAGGUGACAUCCAUAUUUUCAACACUCUGAUCUCAGCUGCUCCGGAAGUCAGAGACAAAUACAUCGACAGAUGGAACCUAAUCACUGAGAUUUUAAAUCAGAUGAAUCAACAGAAAAUCCAGCCCAAUCUGCAGACCUUUAACUGUGUUCUCAAAGCCUUGAGACGCUGUGGUACUUUGGCCAGGACAUUGGCACUACACACUCUGAGUGAGAUGACAGCUCUGCGAAUAGCUCCCAGCUUGGCCACUUUUGAUCAUUUGCUGGCUAUUUUUUAUAAAGCAGCUUCGGCUGGCCAGGGCAACACUGACAUUUUACAGGAAGUGAUGUCAGAAUUAGCAGGGAAAAACCUCACUUCCCAAGACCCAGGUGAUGUUCUGUUCUUCACGAAUGCCAUGAGAAUUUGUCUUGAUUAUAAAGAUCUGGAGCUGGGAUAUAAAAUUCAAAAUCUGGUAGAAGUCGGUGAGAAUUGGAGGCUUCUUGGUGAUUCCUACCAACAGAGUAUUUACUACGGUCGCUUUUUCACCCUUUUGUGUAUGAUGGAGCACAUUGAUGUGGUGCUCAAGUGGUAUAAAGAGCUCAUUCCCUCGCUGUAUUACCCAAACUCUCAGGGUCUGAGAGAACUACUUCAGGCUCUGGACACAGACAGUCGCUUAGACAUGCUACCAAGUAUAUGGAAAGAUAUCCGGUCUCUGGGUCAUGAUAACAAACCAGAUUUGAUUGAGGAGGUGCUCACCUUGAUGACCAGAGAGAAACACAGUCCUGAGGUUCAAGAGUCUUUCGCUACAUGUGCACUGGAUAUCAAGAAUGCAUUUGAUGGUCAUACAAGUAGAACCAAUCUGGAGUGGAGCACUCCGACUCUCUCACAUGUUACUUCUCUUCUGCUGCGGUCUAACAAGAUCCAAGAGGCAUGGGAGAUGCUAAAGCUUUUCAAAGAAAAGAACAGAGUUCCUUCUGAUGAGCUGUUGGAAGACUUCCUGUCUGUGUGCCGGAGCAAGGGCUCUGCGCAAAGAGCCGUAGAGCUUGUUGAGCUGUCAGCAGCCUUCUGUCUGCAGGCAACAUCGAGACUGGCCAAAUUGACGCUAGCGAAGUUUGAGUUGAGCGAGGACCAAAUAACCAUUUUGUCUGAGUUGGAGAGUGCAGCAGAACCUGCAGACUGAAGAGUUGGGGUCAUUCAUCAUAAAAAUACAACUAUUAUCAGCUCUUCAGUAGGAAAAUAAAAAUGAAGUCAAAGAAAAGUAUAGAAUGUACCAACUAGAGAUUUGUCAUAAAAUAUAUGAAUGAGGUGGAAAAAGAAGAAAUCCGUGCAUCAUUUUUGGAACGUGUGCUCAAGUUGUAUUCUAAUGGCCGCCAGGGGCCGCCAUGUCGUAGCAAAUGACUUUUUUCUGUGCGAUAGUUUUAUUUUCAUGUACAGUAUUUUACAAUCACAUAUACAAUCCGACAAUGUAUUUGCAUUUUACAUUUUCGUUUUAUUGUUGAGAACAAUAAUUUUACGUCACAGUGACGAAUAAUGGUUAUCCAUAACAAAGAAAAUAUACAGAGACAAUUUUCUCUUGGUGCUAACAAACCAACUUCGUGAAAAUAGUGAUUAGCUACUUCCUUCGGAAUGUUUGUUUCCUCAAAAACAAAAAUGCAGGUUGAUUUGUCAAACAAAUGGGGUAUUUCCAGAAUUAGACUCCCCCAAAAUAAAUUAAAUAUGAAAUGAAAUAUGUUCUUCAGGUGCCUGAGAGUCUCUACUCGUCGAAUUUUGCAAUUUCACUUAAAUUGUACACACUAAAUGAAACCGUGUGUAAUUUGACCAUGCGGAACAUUAUUAGGACAUCGCCGCUUCAUCUGUUCAUCAGCACAAGAA